CAUGCUGCGGACUAAUGGUAGCUACCGCCGGCAAGAACAAACGCCGGGCCUGGCUAAGCGGCCCUUCCUGUCAACACUGCGGCCUUGCUUCCACUUCGGCGCGAAAACGCAUCGGUCUCCGCCGCCCGCAAGGACAACGCCAGGCGACGCCCUCAACAGGGCUUGCCCUUCAACUGCCCUACUUCAAGAUGGCCGCCGGCCACGCCCCUUGCGGUUCGCCCGCGUCACGUGGUGGGAGCGGUUUGUCCUCCCGGCGCCGCCAUAGCCCGGCCCCCUUUCGCCCGGGGCUCGGCGCGUGGUAUCCCGAGCACCGCCGGCGUGAGGAAGUAGCGCUCGGUUGUUCCCAAUCUGCAGCCCCCGCCGCCAUGUUGGCCGCCGUAGCCCUGCUCUUCCGCCGCGGCGCCGCCCUCAGCCGCCUGCCCGCCCCCAGCGCCCGGCUGCUCGCAGCCCCCGCCGCUGUAUUGCCUGCUCACUGCUACUCUCAUGAGGUACAUGAAUCAGAUGAAGAAUUUGAUGCUCGUUGGGUAACGUACUUCAACAAACCAGAUAUUGAUGCCUGGGAGCUAAGGAAAGGCAUGAAUACACUGGUGAAUUAUGAUCUGGUUCCAGAACCAAAAAUCAUUGAUGCUGCGUUGAGAGCGUGCAGACGGUUAAAUGACUUUGCUAGUGCAGUCCGCAUCUUAGAAGCUAUAAAGGAUAAGGCAGGACCUCACAAGGAAAUCUACCCUUAUGUUAUCCAGGAACUUAGACCAACUUUGAACGAAUUGGGAAUCUCCACUCCAGAGGAACUGGGCUUGGACAAAGUAUAAAUCUUAUUGAUGGGUUGCCUGUGCAUUUUAUUAAUGCUACCUGAUUGUACACAGUUGCCUGGAGAUACAGAUGUUAAAAUAUUACCUUAUUUGAAAUUACUUCUUCCUUUAUUGAGUCACAAUGUAUGUGAUUUGAACUUGAACCUAAUAAAUAAAGGAGAAACUGGUUUGAACUGAA